CCAGCGCUCUUUUGCCCCGCCAGGCGGCCCACCACACUACACCCGCCUCUUUUCUAGACGUCAACUUCCUGCUCUGCCCCACCUUUACGGAGACCAACAAGAGAAAGCAGCCUGCUUCUAGAGCUGUUCGCUUUGCGAGUAUAUCUGAGUGGCCCUAGGACGUGAGAGGCGAGCCUGGCACGGCUGCGCUUUCCUGCCCUCGAGCUACUCUAGACUCGGAAAAAUGCUUUCUGAAAGCAGUUCGUUUUUGAAGGGUGUGAUGCUUGGAAGCAUUUUCUGUGCUGUGAUCACUAUGCUAGGGCACGUUAGGAUUGGUCCCGGAAACAGGAUGCAGCACCAUGAGCAUCAUCACCUGCAAGCUCCUAACAAAGAAGACAUCUUGAAAAUUUCAGAGAAUGAACGCAUGGAGCUCAGCAAGAGCUUUCGGGUGUACUGUAUCAUUCUUGUAAAACCCAAAGAUGUGAGUCUUUGGGCUGCAGUGAAGGAGACUUGGACCAAACACUGUGACAAAGCAGAGUUCUUCAGUUCUGAAAACGUUAAAGUGUUUGAGUCAAUUAAUAUGGAUACGAAUGACAUGUGGCUGAUGAUGAGAAAAGCUUACAAAUACGCCUUUGAUAAAUACAGUGACCAAUACAACUGGUUCUUCCUUGCACACCCCACUACAUUUGCUGUGAUUGAAAACCUAAAGUAUUUCUUGUUAAAAAAGGAUCCAUCGCAACCUUUCUAUCUAGGCCACACUAUAAAAUCUGGAGACCUGGAAUAUGUGAGUGUAGGAGGAGGAAUUGUCUUAAGUAUAGAAUCAAUGAAAAGACUUAACAGUCUUCUUGAUGUCCCUGAAAAGUGUCCUGAACAGGGGGGAAUGAUUUGGAAGAUAUCUGAAGAUAAGCAGCUAGCGAUCUGCCUGAAGUAUGCUGGAGUGUUUGCCGAAAAUGCAGAAGAUGCGGAUGGGAAAGAUGUGUUUAAUACCAAAUCAGUUGGGCUUUUUAUUAAAGAGGCAAUGACUAAUCACCCAAACCAGGUGGUAGAAGGAUGUUGUUCCGAUAUGGCUGUUACUUUUAAUGGACUAACACCUAAUCAGAUGCAUGUAAUGAUGUAUGGGGUGUACCGUCUUAGGGCAUUUGGACAUAUUUUCAGUGAUGCAUUGGUUUUCUUACCUCCAAAUGGUUCUGACAAUGACUGAGCAAAGACAAGAGAAUGUAUUUAAUAACCACGUUAGGUGUGUUAUCAUUUGUAAUAAUAACAUAUCUAACACAGUGGUAUGUUUCUCUUUUCUAAUCCAAUCACACUGGUAUAGUCACAGAUUAAAGUUUACUUGUACAUUUUCAAAUGGAAUGGUAUUUUUCCUUUAAAACACUUGUGAGAAAUUUAAAUUUGUUAGAAAUGUUUUAAGAACAACAAUUUUGCCAAUAAAGAAUGUAUUUAUAAAUAUAUUUACGUGAUAAAUACUAAAUUAAACAUUAAAAUUCUGUGGCAUAUA